UCGGACACCACUAUCAAAAUGAGUAGCAUACAAAGCUUCGCCAUUACUGUCCAAUUCUUGUCGGAGGUUUAUACAUCAUCUAAGCAACCAUAAAAAGCCGUCAAGAAAAUUGUAUUGUUAGCUAAAGGGUUCAAUUGGGUGCAUAUAGAUGUAAAGAUCUAUGCACAAGCAAUCUGGUAAAUGGGGUUCUUGAAUUUGGGAGAAAUACAGGGAUCUGAGGUUCUUGAAAUGGGAUUUUUGGUUUUCUUGGAGAAAAAUGCUCUAUGGGGAGCUUAAAGGUCUGAAAUUUGUUAGGAAUAAUAUAAGGAUGAAGCAUUUGGUGGGAAGUCCAGGAACUGUGAGUGGGUUGCUGUUGAGAUUGGGGCAAUGUUUAUUAGCAGCUGGAUCAAUUGGGAUUAUGGUUUCUGCUUCUGGUUUCUCUAAUUACACUGCUUUCUGCUAUUUGAUUGCAUCUAUGGGUCUUCAAGUAUUGUGGAGCUCUGGGCUUGCAUGUCUGGACAUAUAUGCUUUAAGGAUAAAACGGGACCUUCAAAAUCCAGUCUUAGUGAGCCUUUUUGUUGUUGGAGACUGGGUGACUGCAACCUUGUCACUGGCAGCGGCGUGCUCAUCAGCAGGGAUUGCUGUUUUAUAUUCAAAAGAUUUAAACUUGUGCAGUACACCACCUCAUCUUCCAUGUGGUCGAUUUGAGCUCUCUGUGGUGUUGGCAUUCUUAACCUGGUUUCUUAUCGCCAUUUCUUCUCACGUGAUGUUUUGGAUUCUAGCCGCCAUCUAAUGAUGUGAGCACGUCUCUCUGCUGAGAAUAUUGCUACUUAUGAAAUGGCCGAUCACAUCUAAAUUCUAAUUACCACAAACUUGUAAUCGUAUCUCCCUUACCAGUCCACAUGAGUUUCUUCUGCACUGAUGGAGUUGCUUGGAGUUUGGCAGUUCCCUGUUGUUGUGCUCAUCAAGUUCAAUUUUUAUUCAAGUGUAAAUUGUAACCUCUUUUUUGUACUCUAAUCUACUGCAGUUCAAUUACAUUUUGAAAUCAAAUUUUUAAUAUCUAGC